AAAUGAGAUCGGUCGCCUAACACAACAACUGGACUACAUCCAAGAGAAGUCCGACAGCAUCAGAGAGGAACUCAGACAUGCCUACGAGCUGCGCCCUGAGCCUACAAAGACACGACGGGCACCCGUCUCACCCCUGCCAAGCAGGACCGGGUCACCUGUUCCUCGACUGACACGUGAGCAAAAGGGCGAGGGGACAGUGCUGAAACAUUCACCGACUCCCUCUGAAGAACUUUACCUCACAACAAAGCUAAAAGAACUUGCUCCAGCCAGCCACAGAGCAUCGCAUGGCUUGGACCUAAAAGACCUCGACAAGCUCGCCAGAAACAUUGGCAAAUUCACCCCAAGUGUGCCAGGUAGCCAGGAUGUCCAAGCUUAUCUGCAAGACGUCAAUUUCCAUCUGGAAAUGAGACUCAAUGUCACGGACAAAGAUAGACUCUAUUUGCUCCGAACAACAGCCAGCCCUGACGUGCGCAGUUUCCUGGACAGGCAGCCUGCUCACACAAAGGCUGACUACCACCUCCUCCGAGAGGCCCUCAUUAAAGAAUUCGCCGACCCUGAGUCAGAACAAGGACUAGUGGCUGCCCUGGAGACGAGACAAGGACGUCGUGAAUCUCCUCAAGCCUACUACAGCCAACUCAGACGAGCAUACUUCAGAACUCUAAACGAACCGGACAUGGAAGAUGAUCUGAACCUCAAAACUCUCUUCCUGAGAAACCUCCAUCCUGGA